AUGCAAUCCCAACUGCACUUGUUGUUGCUGUUGCAGCAAGGAGAAUACUUGGAUCCUUCACAAGUCAUGCCCAAGGACUUGCCGCAGCUUCCGUUGGUGCUGACCCGGAUAGCAGUGGGUGCUGGGGCCGCCGCCGUCGUUCUGCUGGUGGUGCCUGUACGAGGAAAGAGAGCAAACAGGAUGACUGGGCUGGGGAAGCCGUCAACAUGGAAGAUGGAGUCCUGCUUACUGGUUGUCCUGCUGCUGGUCGUCGAAGAAGACCUAGAGCUAGAGCUAGAACUAGUGGUCGAAGACGACCUGGAACUAGUGGUUGACGAAGACCGGGCGGUGGUGGUCGAGCUGGAACUAGACCUGGACGUGCUCGAGGAUGAAGACGAACUAGACCUGGUAGUGCUCGAAGAUGAAGACGAACUAGACCUGGUAGUUCCAACCCCAGACGAGGUGCUAGAGGAAGAAGAAGGAGAAGACGAAGUAGAAGCACUAGCGGAGCUGCUGGUCGUCACACUAUUUCCCUGGGUGAUCGUCAGGCUUGAGCCGGUAGAAGACGUGGUAAGGCUGGCACUAGAGGAGCUCGUUGCAGCAAAGGCAGCAUUGUUGGACAAGGUGGUGCUGGAAGAUCCGGUAGACGAGGAUGAUGUGCUAGGAGUGCUGGUCGAUGAAGAACUGGCCUGGGAAGAUGAUGAACUUGUUGCACUGGAGGACAAUGAGGUGCUCGUCGAGCUGUCUGUAGGUGUAGGAGUGCUAGAAGACGAAGAAGUGCUGGAAGUGGUAACAUCUGAAGUGCUGGAGCUGGUAGCAACUGAAAUGCUUGUGGAACUGGAAGUGCUAGAGGUGGCAACAACUGAAGUGCUUGUCAAGGCAGAAGUGCUUUCUGAACUAGAAGAGGUUGUAGAGCUGGACGACAAGGAUGUGCUAGACGUGCUAGCGGCCGAAACGCUAGCGGAAUCGGAGUCGCUACUAGAAGUAGGACCGUUUGAUGAAGUAGAAGUGGUAGGGCUGGAAGACAAAACUGUGCUAGAUGUGGUGGCUGAGGAAGAGGCACUGGUAGAAGUGGUGCCGUCUCCCGUGGUGGACGAGCUGACAGAUGCAGACAUGCUCGAUGUGGUAGAGGAAGUGGUGUCCAUGGAAGAGGUGCCCAAGGGAAGGAUGGUAGAAGUAGAGGUACUCAGUCCGCUGGAGGAAGCAGAAGCGCCAGAGACGGUGGUGGAGGAAGCGGAUGCUGAAGAGGAACUUGAAGCGGAUGAAGACGCGGUCGAGCUGCUGGAGGAUGUGCUAGAAGAUGUAGUCACGGAGGUCAUGCUGGAGCUUACAGCGUUGGAACAGGUACCGAAGGCAGACUGGCAUCCAUCGCCACAGUAA